AUGCGGCCGAGUAAUGUCACAAAACUUUCAAAACAAGCACAACAUUCGGUAUAGCCACGCCAGUUUCGUACACUUUUGCAAUGGAAAAUACUGCUGCACCAACCAUAACGCCUCCUUGUAAUAUCGAUAAAAAGCAACCUAACCAAACGUACAUCUCGGCAUGGCGCAACAAGGACGAGUUCCAAUCGGUGUAUGAAAAGAUAUUCAACUCACCUGCGGAUGAUAUCGCAUCGAAAGCGGAAGCCCUCCAGUGGUUAAACAUGUGGAAGAUACGUCAGGUGAAGGGUUUUCCCGUCUGCGUACGCUGCACAUUAGUGGUGCUAGAGGCACAGGUGUUUGAUUUGCGUGUCCAGCGCGAUACUAUUGAUAGCCCUGCGACGGAAAGCAAAAACAUGUACGCCGGUGCAUUUACGCGCUUCGUUAACUACCUAACGGAGAUUGUGACGCGGAAGAAAACUAUUGCCGAAUCGGUGCGUGACAUUGGCAUCGAGGCGUAUCUGGUGGAGUUAAGAAAUCUGUGCGCACAUCGGUCAUCCAUCUCGAUCUCGAUUGAUGUGUUCCGUCGGUCGGGUCAGUACUGUAUGGAUUGGCUGCAAAAGUCCUACUGGCAGCCGGAACUUGCCAGUAUGGAAUCGGUCAAUCCGGGGACGUUGAAAUAUUGGAACCACGCGGAUAAUCAAUUUCUCGAAAUGAGUGACAUACUGCGCACGUACGAUGUAGUGUCGGCUGCACGCGUAAGGAAAAUGUACCACCUGGAUGAUGCCAUCAAACGUAUGGCAUUAACGCCGGAUGAAGUGAAGCUGCUAGAAAAGCACCAACCCGAUCAGCUUGGAAAAAUUGCGGAAACAAUAGUAAAGCAACUGCAGAAUCUGCCACUGCCAAAAACUCAGGCAUCAGUUAAUGCGGUUUGCACAGCGCUGUUCGAUAACUGUAAGCGAAUGUUCGAAGACGCCGUCCGGUAUGGUGACCGUGCGCAAACACCGUUCGGGGCUUUGCACAGCGGACUGUUCCGUGCGUUGGCAGCGAUGGGUUGCUUGCAGACACUGUUCGAGCAGCUGAUGGUAAUAUGCGAACGCCCCAACAACAUGAAUGCCGAUCAGCGGCCAUGGGCAAAGUAUUGGGCACACAGAAUAGCGGUCGGAUAUCAGCUGCUAAAGGAAUACAAAAAGUCAUGCCACACGUCACUAUCGGGGAGGGUAUUCCGAAUGGGUCAAACGGCUCAAUUUUACCUAGCCCGACGGUGGUACGCAACGCGGCUAAAGUCAACCUACGGUCAUCAUUUAAUGUUAAGCAUUUACGUUGACUGUCCGUGGCAUUUAAAGCUUUCCCGUACGUACGUGAUGGCGAGGUUAAUGUCGAUGAAUGAGUACACGAAGGAUAUAGUGCCGGUAUUACUUACCCUACAAGAACCGCCACUGUCCAAUGAACAGCAGAGCAAGAUCCAACGGCUAACCCAGAUUUACUAUACGAAUAGUAACGUCAUGUUCGAGACUUCCUGUGCGAAGAACAUGCCAACGGCGGGCAAGAAAGCAAACGGUAAACAGCGUAGCAAUGCGAAUGAGUCCAAAAUUUACACAGCAGAAGAUCUUAAAGAAACGAUCGCUAAAAUACGCAAAAGGACCACCAAACCAGCGGAAGAAACAAUUCCUGCGAAACGUGCAAAACAUUGCGGAGUGUGGACGGAACCGGAUGAAACGCUCAACUGGGGCAACUAUCCGCUGGGAACUUACCGUACAUAAAAGAAAAUGAGGAAAAAUCAUAAAAUAAGAACAAAAAUGUACACCUAAACAAACGAAAAGCUUUGUUUACUCUUACCCGCAAUUCAAACUAAUGUCAAACGCAAAAUGACAUCUCUUUGUCAUUUACUUUUUCGAACAAUAAAGUUCAGUUAGCGCGAAAAAUAAAGCAAGAUGAAACGCGUUCAUCCAUCAGAUGUGUUGCGUGGUAAAAGUUUUGUGUCCACACGUACUUGGUAAGAACAUUUGUAAAAUAUAGUCUACUGCUUCCUAAUAAAAAUA